AUGAUCUUAUUCUUUUUUUUUCAGUCUCUCAAAGUUUACAUUCAUGGUCCUCCUGGGGCUGGCAAAUCUACCAUUGCUGAGGAGCUCUGCAGACACUACAGGCUACAUCACAUUAAGAUAAAUGAUGUGAUUUCUGAAAGAAUUGCAAAUCUGGAGAAAAUUGUGGCUAAAGAACUGGACUUUGACAAUGUGGGAGAGCAGGAAGAAGAUAAUGUAGAGGAGGAAGAAGGUGAUGUAGAGGAGCAGGGUGAAAAUAAAGAAGAAGCACAGGAAUUAUUAAAUAAACUUAAAAAAAACAUGAAGAAGAAUGAAGGUCGUCUAAGUGAUCGGUAUGUUCUUCCACUGGUGAAGGAUAAGCUCAAAUCUAUGCCUUGUAGGAAUCAGGGAUAUGUUCUAGAUGGGUUCCCAGAGACCUAUGACCAGGCAAGAGAACUUUUCAGUGAAAGUGAUGAUGAAGAAGAAACAGAAAGCAAAAUGCCUAAAUAUCAUAAAAUAAUCACACCUGAAUUCGUUUUUUCUUUGACUGCAUCUGAUGAAUUCCUUACAAACAGAAUAAUAAAUCUGCCAGAGGGUGAUGUUGCUGGAACUCAGUAUACCCAGGACCAGUUCUUGCAAGCUCUGAAACUCUUCCGAGAGUUAAACACAGAGGAUACAACGGUUGUCAACUAUUUUGAUGAACUUGAGAUACAUCCUCAGUUUAUUGACGUAGGUGUAUAUGAAGAUCCUGAGAACAGAUUUAUUGUACAAAAGAUCGUCAAAGAAAUUGGAGAACCUCGGAAUUAUGGUUUGACAGAUGAAGAAAAGGAGAUUUUGGAACGCCAAGCAGCUGAGGAACGCCUUGUCAAAGAAGCUCAAGAAAAAGCUGAACAAGAGCAAAAAGAAGCUGAGGAAAGAGCUGAAAGGAUGGCAAACUGGGAAGAGUGGAAUAAACACAUGGAGGAAGUAAAAAGACAAGAACGAGAGCUAUUGGAGGCCCAGUCACUUCCACUACGAAACUAUUUGAUGAAGAAUGUCAUGCCAACCCUUAUGCAAGGCAUAAAUGAAUGCUGUAGGAUCAGACCAGAUGAUCCAGUUGAUUUUCUGGCAGAAUAUCUCUUCAAGAACAGUCCUGAAAUUGAAUGGAAUUAA